AUGGCUUCUACCACAGACACCUACCGACUGGGAGUUGAUGUAGGCGGUACCUUCACAGACGCAUGCGUCUUUUCUCCUGAAGGCAAGGUCUACCGAGCGAAGGUUCCUUCUACUCCGGAGGACCAAUCGAUUGGUGUCAAGAACAGCAUAGACAAAGUCAGGCCAAUCUUGGAGAAAGCAGAAGGCUUCACUGGCAGCUUUGGAGCCCUUCAUCAUGGCUCGACUGUUGCGACGAAUGCGUUACUGGAGGGCAAGGGCGUUCCGACUGCGCUUAUCGUGACGGAUGGCCAUAAGGAUGUCCUUGUCGCCAGACGUUCCCAGAUACCUGGGGGCCUGGCGAGCUGGAUCAAUUGGGACCCUCCAGCACCACUGAUCCCGUUGGAGAGGACUCUGCAGGUUCCCGAAAGAAUCGAUGUAGAAGGGAACGAGGUCAAACCCGUGGAUUCGGAUUCUUUGCGGAAACAGCUUCUUACUGUCAAAGGCAAAGUCCAGGCCGUGACUGUUAGUCUGCUGAACUCUUGGGUAUCCGGCGAGCACGAAAAGCUGGUGGCUGAAGUCGUCAAGGAAGUUCUUGGCGAAGACGUCGAGGUAUCGCUCUCGCACGAAGUACUUCCUGAGCUUGGCGAGUACGAGCGCACUGUCACGGCCGCCGCUAAUGCCGUGGUCAAACCAGAGGUCAAGAGGUACAUGAAAGGCUUGAGCGACAAGCUGACAGACGAUACCUCUACCGUUCGAAUCUUGAAGAGCGAUGGUGGCCUCACCAAUCUCCAGCUGGCGGGAGAAUUGCCCGUGAACAUUCUCAUGUCCGGCCCAGCAGGAGGCGUUCGAGGCAUCACCAGUAUAAUAGCCAAUGCAACGGAGCACAAGAAUCUCAUCACAAUCGAUAUGGGCGGCACAUCCACUGAUGUUGCUCUCAUCACUAACGCUCAGCCAUCACUGCGAAGAGAGACUAUGGUUGGCGAUCUUGCAGUCCGCUCGCCUUCAGUUGAUGUCCGGACGAUCGGUGCUGGCGGAGGCAGCUUAGCAUUCUACUCGAAACUAACCAACACUCUUCGGGUCGGGCCAGAAUCUUCUGGAGCUGUGCCCGGACCUGCAUGUUAUGAUCGUGGUGGCACACAGGCGACAGUCACGGAUGCCAACGUUGUGCUCGGCUAUCUACCAGAGACCCUUCUUGGUGGCGACUUUAAGCUCGAUGUUGCAGCAGCACGUGCGGCAGUCGGCAGGCUUGCCGAAGAUAUGGGCAAGCCGCUAUACGAAACUGCAGAGGCCAUCAUUGAUCUAGCUAAUGAAGCUAUCUACGGCGCCCUACGUCUGGUGUCGGUAGAGCGUGGCCACAAUCCUGCUGACUUUGCACUUGUGGCCAUUGGUGGUGCGGGUCCGAUGUGUGCCAAUGGAGUGGGCAAGCUGCUCGGAGCAUGGCCUGUUAUCAUUCCCGCAGCGCCAGGCAUUCUAUGCGCACAAGGCGAUGCGACGACGAAGAUGAGCCACGAGCUGUCGGCGUCUUUCAUCCAUCUGUUGUCUAGCACCACAAUGGAAACACUCCGAAGCGAAUGGCACAGCCUCGAGGAAAGAUGUGUAACCACACUACGCGAAGCCCUUGACUCAGCAGACAUUCCCAUCGAAGUGACAUACACCGCUGCUUUGCGAUACAAGGGGCAGGCUCUGGAGCUAGGGAUUGCUUUCUCCAAAGACGACUUGAGCCAGGCCAUGGAGGAAUUUACCAAGAUCGCGCACCAGAAAUUUGACAUCGUCCAUGAACAGCAGUUUAGCUACACUCUCGAGAACUUCCCUCUGGAGCUGACACGUUUGACUGUCAGUGCUGCCGAUGCAUCGCCAGACAUGGAGAUUCCUCGCAUUGCCGAGGCCGAUACAAGUUCGCCGCCAGAGUCAGCAGCACUGCAGAAGAAGACCAUCGUCGUGCAGGGCGAGGGACAUGAGGCGACACUGUGGGAUCGAGCUAGCAUUACUCGAGCUGAGUACAAAAUCCAAGGCCCAGCGAUCAUCACGGAAAUGGACAGCAACACUCUCAUCGCACCCGGCUUCGAAGGCACGAUCGAUUCAGUCGGGAACAUCUGCAUAGCGCCAAUGCCUGGAAAUGAGCUUCCGACGUUCAAGUCGAGGUUUGAAAGCAGUGUCUCUGACAAGACUCAAGCACAGAAAGAAGAAGAAGCUCGGAAGACUGUGGAAGAUAUUCCUACUGUGCCAACCCUCAUCAGCAGUUCACUGGCAUCAAUUCGUCAGGAGAUGGAUACAUUGAUGCUCAGGUGCUCUAUGUCACCCGCAAUCCGCGAGCAGCAGGAUGAGUUCAAUGUCAUCACUGAUGCUGCUGGUAAGAUGUUGAUUGGACAGUUCGGCUCAUUCAUCGGUCAGUUCUUGAAAAUCUGGAACCACAAGCUUGCGAAGGGGGAGGUUGAUGAUAUCGAGGAAGGCGAUGUCUUCAUCACAAACGAUGUCUACGAAGUCGAGGGAGCUGUAUCUCAUCUCAACGAUGUCAUCGUGCUCUUGCCCAUCUUCUACGAGCAUAAGCUGGUCGGUUGGGCAGCAAAUUUCGGACACAUGACAGAUGUGCAAGGACAAGUGCCGGGCUCCAUGUCUAUCAAUGCUCAGACAAUCUUCGACGACGGACUGCAGAUCCCGACAAUGAAGCUUUUCGAGCGCGGCAAGAUGAAUCGCUCUAUUGUGGAGCUGAUUUGCCGUAACAGUCGACAACCCAAGUGGCUCCGCUCGGACUUGCUUGCUCUGAUUUCUGCUUGCCGGACAGCAGCGACCAGAGUGUGUGAGCUAUGUUCGAGAUUCGGACCAGAAGUUUACGCUGCCUCGACCGAUAUAUUGCUCGAGCGCACCAGGACUGCCAUCAGUAAGAUUAUCGAGGAGCAUAUGACCGAUGAGGAAUCGACCUUCGUUGACUUUGUCGAUGAUGACGGCCAUGGUAAGGGUCCAUUUGCGUUGAAGUGCACGCUGAGUAAACCUUCAAAGAACCGCCUGAAGUUCGACUGGAAUGGCACAAGUCCGCAGGCUAGUAGUAGCAUCAACUACUACCUCAGCGAAACUAUGUUCAAGAUGUUCAUCGGCUACUAUCUCCUGACGGUCCACGCACCAUACACCAUCCCCAACGAUGGCUUCCAGGAUCUUGUCGACGUCGAGAUCCCACUAGGCAGUCUGCUUAAGCCCGUGCGGCCAGCAGCUCUGUCAUGCCGCACGCAUUUCCUCGGACGGACCAUGGACAUCAUGCAAGCUCUCUUCGGCCAAAAGAACUCUGCCUUCAUGACUGCCGCUGGCUUCAGCGAUUCUCCUCACUUCUUCUACUCAGGCUUCAAGCCGAAUGGAGAGUGGUACCAGCUGUAUCAAAUAGCCUUCGGCGGUGUCCCGGCACGACCUAAGGGAGAUGGUCCCGAUUGUCACUGCCUGUUCCCAGCUAUCAAGUCUGUGCCCACAGAGUCCAUCGAGCUCAACUUCCCGGUCAGACUGGAAGUCAAUGAGGCUGUCGCUGAUACUGGAGGCGCGGGUUUCCAUCGAGGUGGAAAUGCUCAGAAGACGAUGUACCGAUUUUUAUCUGCGGGAGAGUUCAGCUUACAUGAUGAUCGAUGGCUCACCAAGCCUUGGGGCGUUCGUGGAGGGAAACCAGGGAGUCGUAGUAGGAAGGCCAUUCACAGGGUUGAUGGUUCUGUUGAGCUGUUGCCCUCGAAGUGUGAUCACGUUAAAGUGAAACCUGGAGACCUUCUCGAAUGGCAGACCUGGGGCGGCGGUGGCCUGGGCGACCCUCUAACCCGACCUGCCGAAACAGUCGCGCUCGAAGUUCGCCGCAAGCUGGUCACCAUCGAAGGCGCAAAGCGUAACUACGGCGUCAUCGUCGACCCCGAAACGCUCGAGCUCGACAUUACCAAGACAGAAAUCCUACGAGCCGACAUCGAACGCUCUGAAGCUGGCAAGGAGGCUCCACUGUAUGAUCGUGGUGGUUUGAUGGCAGAGCUCGUCGCCAAUUGCAAGCAAGGGACUGGCUUUGAGCCUCCAACGCCGCAGUGGGAUGAAGAGGUCUACGGACCUCAUUUUGCGCUUCCGUAUGUGCAGGACUGGUAUAAGACGGGGCGACAGGCCGGGUAUGGUGUCUGGGGUGUAUGA